UUGACGCCCAUGCUGUUUCGUUUCACAACAUGCUGGAAGCCAUACGAGGUGAACCAAGAGUUGUUGUUGCGACAAGCUUAAAUCCUAAAAUAGUUGGAGGUAUGUAGUUAUUAUUUAGAUUUUAGGGAAUCUCUAAUCUGAUUCGACUAAGAGCUACAGGGUUUAUUAAUAUCUCCAUCGAACUUUAUCGUGCAGGCCAUUUGUUCCUUAAUGCAACCUCAAGAACACACAUUUAUUUCGAUAAGGAGACUAAUGUCAAAGAGGUCCUCUUUUACAAACACUGGGCUCCAGUCAGCAGCUCCGCUUCUGAAAGGAUAUGCCAAGGUUGAGAGUCUGAUCAUAUCAGAGCUUAAUGAGUUUGUCAUAACUGCUCCACCUCAGGACAUUGGCUUCAUGUGUAGUGGAAGGGUUACUGGCAUCAAGAUGGACAAAGGGUGGUGUUAUGCUGCUUGCUCUAAGUGCACCAAAAAACUUCAACGCACAGACUCAGCAUUCACAUGUGUGCACUGCGACAAUACACAUGAUGUUGGUGCACUCCGAUAUCGAGUGGAGUUGGGCAUAGCUGACGAUACUGCUGAGGGCGUUUUCGUUUGCUUUGAUGGGGUGAUGAGGAAACUUCACAACCUCAAAGCAAAUGAGGCUGGUCAUAUGUUGGCUGGAGAAGGUGUUAACCCUGAGGAUACUCAGAUCCCCGCCUUUUAUUUUGGAUAUGGGAGGAAAGACAUUUCACUUUCCAAGUCAGACUUACUGCAUACAACUUCACAGCAAGUCAUCAGACUUACACCAUCACACGGAUUCUUAACGGACGUGAACGUGCACCACUCCCUGAAUUCGUUGAUAAUGGAGACAACGUGGACAAGGGUGACGACAUACUAUGUGACAGCACCGUUCUUGCUAAGGUUGAAACUGGGGGUAGCAGUGCAUGACCAGAUGCUGGAGCAGCCCCUAAUGGUGGAGAUCCACUGAAGCCUUCAGCCAGAGCAACUUCAAAGAUGGUGAAGAAGCCCGUCUCGCUUAAUUCUUUAUCAUCUGAGAUACUUUUACUCCAUAAUGCUACGGCAUCAAUGUUGGUUUUUUUAUUAAGGGUGUGGUGUCUGCUUCUGUUUUUUUUUUUAACUUUCUGAACAAUCUGCAUUUUCUGAAAUUUCUAUAAAAUCAUGUUUUGGUUUAAAGAUUUGUACUAUUGGUAUAAAUUUAUGCAAACCUUAAUGUUUUCCCCCAAAGUUAUUUCCAUAUUAUAAUACAUUGUUAGGUCCGUUUCAAUCA